AUGUAUCGAAGCAUCCGAGCCGUUUCUCGAGGCGCCAACUCGGCUUCGCAGCUGGCUUCUACCUCGCAGCUGCCCACCGCGGCUCGCACCCUCCACAGCAAUGCCGCAACGGCGUCGUUGAAUUGCAAGCGUCUCGCCACUUGCGCUAGCCAGCUCUUCCGUUCGCGUUUCUCUACCUCGGCGCUCCUCAAUGCGCCCGCUUCUUCGCGCGUAGCCGGCGCUGCCGUCAAGGACAUCGAACCGGCUGCCACGGGUCUACAGAAAUGGAGCAAGUACCUCCCCAAAGUCGAGCGCUCCGACGUUAAAAAGGUCGUCCUUGUUGGCUCCGGUGGUCUUUCCAUCGGCCAGGCGGGCGAAUUCGACUACUCGGGCUCGCAAGCCAUCAAGGCGCUCAGGGAGUCGGGUAUCGAAACGAUCGAUUAUCCAACCUCGCAUCAACUUGCGAGCCAGAUCUACUUUCUUCCCAUCUCGCCCGAAUACGUAGCCUACGUUCUCGAAAAGGAGCGCCCCGAUGGCGUCCUCCUCACGUUUGGUGGUCAGAGUGCGCUCAACGUCGGUGUCAAGCUCGACGAGAUGGGCGUCUUUGACCGUCUGGGUGUCAAGGUGCUCGGUUCCCAGGUCGACGUCCUCCGAAUGUGCGAGGACCGUGACCUAUUCGUCCAGGCGCUCGACCAGAUCAAUAUCCCCGUUGCCAAGUCUGAAGCCGUCUCCACCGUGCCCCAGGCGCUCAAGGCGGCCGAGCAGAUUGGCUACCCGGUCAUUGUCCGUGCCGCUUACGCUCUCGGUGGUCUCGGUUCCGGUUUUGCGGACAACGAGGAUGAGCUGCGCGAUCUCUCGGCGCGUUCGCUCUCGCUCAGCCCGCAGAUCCUUGUCGAGAAGUCGCUCAAGGGCUGGAAGGAGUCCGAGUACGAGGUGCUGCGUGACCAGGAGGACAACGCCAUCAUUUGCUGCAACAUGGAAAACUUUGACCCCUUGGGUAUCCACACGGGUGACUCGAUCGUCGUUGCCCCCUCGCAGACGCUUUCGGACGACAACUACCACAUGCUCCGAUCCGCCGCGCUCAAGGUGAUUCGCCACCUCGGCAUCGUCGGAGAGUGCAACAUCCAGUACGCCCUUAGCCCGGACAGCCGUGAGUACCGAGUGAUCGAGGUCAACCCUCGUCUCUCGCGUUCGUCGGCUCUGGCUUCCAAGGCCACCGGUUACCCGCUUGCCUAUACUGCUGCCAAGCUUGCCCUCGGAUACACGCUCCCCGAGCUCCCCAACGCGGUCACCAAGAGCACCACCGCCUGCUUCGAGCCCGCGCUCGACUACAUUGUCACCAAGAUCCCCAAGUGGGACUUGAGCAAGUUCCAACACGUCAACCGUGAGGUGGGCUCUUCGAUGAAGUCGGUCGGUGAGGUCAUGUCGGUCGGUCGAACCUUUGAAGAGUCGCUUCAAAAGGCCAUCCGACAGGUCGCUCCUGCCUACGACGGCUUUGAUGCCUACAUUGUUCCUGACGACCUCGACCACGCUCUGUCGGUGCCGACCGACACGCGUCUGUUUGCGAUCGCCUACGCGAUGCUCGUGAAAAACUACGACGUGGAGAAGCUGCACGAACUGACCAAGAUCGACAGGUUCUUCCUGUACAAGCUCGAGAACAUUGUCAACAUCAACCGUCAGCUCGAGAAGCUCGGCUCGCUCUCGGCGGUCGACAAGGAGCUCAUGAAGCUCGCCAAACAGCGCGGUUUCUCGGAUCGACAGAUUGCCAAGCUUACCAACGCCAAGGAGCACGAGGUGCGCGCCCACCGAAAGGCGUUUGGGCUUACGCCGUUUGUCAAGCGUAUCGACACGGUCGCCGCCGAAUACCCGGCGCAGACAAACUACCUGUACACCACCUACAACGCCACUACGCACGAUGUCGAGUUUGACAACGACGGUACCAUGGUGCUGGGAUCCGGUGUCUAUCGAAUCGGCAGCUCGGUCGAGUUCGAUUGGUGUGCGGUCACGUGUGCGCGAAAGGUGCGCAGCAUGGGCCACAAGACCAUCAUGAUCAACUACAACCCGGAAACCGUCUCGACCGACUUUGACGAGGCGGACCGGCUCUACUUUGAGGAGCUCGGCUUUGAACGUGUCAUGGACAUCUACGAGCUCGAAGGUGCUACCGGUGUUGUGGUCAGUGUCGGCGGACAACUGCCGCAGAACAUUGCUCUUCGACUCAAGGAGACCGGUGUCAACGUUCUCGGCACGGAUCCGCUCAUGAUUGACUCUGCCGAGGACAGGCACAAGUUUUCGCAGAUCCUAGACGACAUUGGCGUCGACCAGCCCGAGUGGACCGAGGCGACGUCGGUUGACAAGGCCAAGGAGUUUGCGGCUCGCGUCUCGUACCCUGUGCUGGUGCGACCGUCUUACGUGCUCUCAGGUGCAGCGAUGAACGUGAUCUGGGACGAGUCGACGUUGGAACACCACUUGACCGCUGCGGCCGAGGUCAACACGGACUACCCGGUGGUGAUCUCCAAGUUUAUUGACAAUGCGCAGGAAAUCGACGUGGACGCUGUGGCGCACAACGGUGAGUUGCUCGUUCAUGCGGUUUCGGAGCAUGUCGAGAAUGCGGGUGUUCACUCGGGCGACGCAACGUUGGUGCUGCCGCCGUUCUCACUGGACCCGAACGACCUUGCUCGAUUGAAGGUGAUUGCUCAGAAGGUGGCCAAGGCAUUCAACAUUAGCGGACCGUUUAACAUGCAGGUGAUCCGCAAGCCGACGGGCGAGGGCGAGAGUGAGAGCGAGGCGGCACUCAAGGUGAUUGAGUGCAACCUGCGUGCGUCUCGAUCGUUCCCAUUCGUAUCCAAGGUGCUCGGUGUCAACUUUAUCGAUAUUGCGACCAACGCGAUCGUCGGCAAGGAUGUGCCUGAGCCGGUGGAUCUGAUGGCCAAGGAGCGCGACUAUGUGGCGAUCAAGGUGCCGCAAUUCUCAUGGACUCGUCUAGCGGGUGCGGAUCCGUACCUGGGAGUCGAGAUGGCGUCGACCGGUGAAGUGGCUUCGUUUGGCAAGGAUCUGUACGAGGCGGCGUGGGCAUCGAUUGCGUCACAGACGGCGUUCCGCGUACCUCAGCCGAAUACGGGCGUUUUGAUGGGCGGAGACGUGACCAAGCCGCAGUUUGCAUCUAUCGCCAAAAAGCUGUUCGAUCUAGGCUUUAAGCUGUACUGCUCGGAUGCAGAGGUGGAAGAGUACAUCAACAGUCUGGACGGAGUACGUGCUAAGCGCAUCCGAUUCCCCGUCAAGGACAAACGCAAGCUGCGCGAGGUAUUUGACGAACACGAAAUCAACAUUGUCAUCAACCUGGCCAAGUUCCGAGGUCGCGAUCUGCUCGAUCAGGACUAUGUGGCGCGCAGAAACGCGGUCGACUUUGGAAUUCCUCUGCUCAACGAGGCCAGGUCGGCUGAGCUGUUUGUCGACGCGCUAGCUGCUAGGAUCCCGCAUGGCUGUCUAAGCGGCUACGAAGAGGGCAGGAUCCCUAGUGAGGUUCAGCCCUGGAAGUUCUUUGUCAAGGAGGAGGCUCAUGCCGACAAGUAG